ACUACAGUCGGGUCUCUGUCGGGUCGUCGCUCGGUCUCCGCGACGCGGGAAAAGGGCGGAGAGGGCAGUGCAGCCAUGACCGUGAAGGAAGAUCGCGCCUCCGAGAUCCUGAAGGGCUUCAAACUUAACUGGAUGAAUCUGCGUGAUGCAGAGACGGGGAAGGUUUUGUGGCAAGGCACAGAAGAUCUCUCACUACCUGGAGUGGAACAUGAAGCUCGAGUUCCUAAAAAGAUCUUGAAGUGUAAAGCCGUCUCCCGAGAAUUAAACUUUUCCUCUUCUGAACAGAUGGAAAAAUUCAGACUAGAACAAAAAGUUUUUUUCAAAGGACAGUGCCUAGAAGAAUGGUUCUUUGAAUUUGGUUUUGUUAUCCCCAACUCUACGAACACCUGGCAGUCACUAAUAGAAGCAGCGCCAGAAUCACAGAUGAUGCCAGCUAAUGUGUUAAGUGGUAAUGUAGUCAUAGAAACUAAAUUCUAUGAUGAUGACCUCCUUGUAAGUACUUCCAAGGUCAGACUUUUCUACGUCUGAAGUGAACUAUCGAGGUUUCCUGGGAUAUGUCCUGCUGAUGGCAUAUGGAUGAGAGACGCUUCAAGGUCAUGUGACCAAUGGACCAAUGACAUCUGGAUUGCAACUGGCAUAUAAGCCCUUUUCUUGAGAAUUAUCUUAGAAGAGUGAAGUGAGGAAGUCUCUAACAGUCAUCAACUUUCAGUGCAAAAAAAGACUUUGUAAAAUAUGGCAGUGAUACUUAAUACAGUUCCUGAGAUGAAUAUUGUACAUUAUUUUUAAUUUUUGUUUUGCUUUUGAUCUGUACACACAGUUUUCAACCCAGUUUGCACAGUUCUGUUGUAUGUUCCUUAAGAACGUUGUCCAAGUUUGUCUAGUUGCUUUUUUAUUGUUAUCUAUCACACAUUCCUCAGUUGAAUUAAUAAAAUAUAAAAUAUUUCUUGUAGGUUGUAAUCCAUAAUGAAGCAAAUAAUAUGACUGAAAAGCAUUAGUUUGUUUAAAAUAAAACUCUAGCUUCUGUAUUUUAAAAGUAAAAUUUGGUCAAUUUGUACUGUACAUAUUGAGUACAGUAACAUUUCAGAAUUUGCCAGUGUUUACUGCUAGGUUCAAUAUUGAAUUGAUUAAGUAUAAUAAUUUAAGUACGAAAAAGUUAGUCAUUGAAUUUUUAAAUUGGAGGUUUAAUAUUGUUUUAAUAUAAUUUAUUGUAUUAUUGGAAAUUCAUACUCAAACUACAGUCUGUCAAUUUGGGGAGGGGUCACAUAUCCAACAGCAAAUUUAUUCAACUUCAACUUAGUGAACAAGGUUCUAAACGAUUGCUUUUGAUUACUGCCAGGCAGUGUAUUCUAUGAGAUUUACUGUUUUAUACUCAUAACUGCAAUCCUGCAUGCAAAAUAGUAUCAUUUUCAGUUGAGAAGAUGGAACAUAAUAAAACUUGUUGAAUUUUU